AUGCCGCUGAACGACAUCGACCCUCAAUCCAUCGCAGCGACAUGGCUCGAAGGUUUUACAACAGCACUUACUUCCGGCGACGCCUCAGCCUCCGCUGAAUGCUUCCAACCCAACGGGUUUCUCCGGGAUAUCAACACCUUCACCUGGAAUAGACGCUGUCUUGGGGGUCGGGAGAAGAUUGCCGAUUAUCUGAAAACAAACAACUCUCCCUCAGCUAUUCGCAACAUCCAACUCGACACCUGCCCAGACCUCAAGCCAAGCAUCAGUGGGGCAGACACCAGCUUCGUUGUGCCCAUGGGAGAAGCUGUCACAAGUGGGUUCACCUUUGAUGUUGAACAAGUCGGGCCUGGCCAGGGAUUUGUCUUCCUCGCACCAGCGGCGGAUGCUCCUGUCAGUGGAUGCACGUGGCAAGCGGUUUCGGUCUUUAUGCGUCUCAACAAUAUCACUGGACAUGAGGAAUGGUUGUGUGAGAAUGGUGUCUAUGGAGGGCACACCCUUGCGUGGACAGACAUACGCCGCGAGCGACGCCAAGCCAUCGAGAAGACGCCCCACGUCGUUAUAAUCGGAGCGGGUCAAACAGGCUUGAACCUUGCUGCUCAAUUGACGCAUAUGAACAUCCCAACGCUUGUGGUCGAAACUAACCAACGUGUUGGAGAUAAUUGGCGCAAGCGCUACCCAACACUCUCGCUGCACAGUGCAAAAGCAUAUUCAGAAUUGCUUUACCAGCCAUUCCCGACGACAUGGCCCAUCUACGCCCCCCGUGACAAGAUAGCUGAUUGGCUGGAGCAGUAUGCAUCCACACAAGAUCUUGUCGUUUGGACAAACUCGCGACCGCUACCUGGCCCAACGUACGAUACCGCCUCUCGUCGCUGGACCAUCGUUAUCGAUCGUGCCGGAGAACUGGUCACACUUGAGCCCGCCCACGUUAUUGUCUGUGGUGCACUAGGCGCGCCAUUCACACCACAUGUCGAAAACAAGGACAUAUUUGCUGGGGUCGCGUUGCAUUGCGUCAACUACCGCGGGGGGGCGCCGUUUGCUGGAAAACGCGUCGUUGUCGUUGGUGCAGGCAAUACUUCUGUGGAUAUCUGCCAGGACCUUGUUUUCCACGGGGCCCAAACUGUCACGAUGGUCCAGCGCUCAGAGAGCUCUGUGUCGCCGGUGGAGGCAGUCAGACAGGCCACGGACGAGUUGUUUCCCCCUCAUCGGACGACAGACGUGUCGGACCUGCGGCUGAUGGCCAUGCCUGUUCCGCUGAUAAAGAGGAGGUAUACCGCCAAUAAACCACUGAUACUGGAGGCUUUCAAGGGCCUCCACAGCGCAGUCGAGUCGGCGGGCUUCAAACUCCGCACGGACGAUGACAUCUUUACGGUGUUCUACAGUGGUUACGGAGGCUAUUGGUAUGAUGUGGGCUGCGCGGAGCUCAUGAAGAACGGCCAAGUCCGGGUGAAACAAGGGGUCGAACUGGCGCGGUUCGAGAGAGAGCACGUCAUUUGCACGGACGGCUCCAGCCUCGAAGCCGAUGUGGUGAUUUUCGCAACAUCGUUCGAGUCGAUGCGCGACACGAUGCGGGGCGUAUUUGGACAUGACAUUAUCAACCAGACCAGCCCAGUUUGGGGGCUCGAUGAAGAGGGGGAGCUGAGGGGCGUCUACCGGCCGAGCGGGCAUCCCGGCCUAUGGUUUGCGGCAGGCGAAUUCUUUACUGCUCGGGCGUAUGCUAAGCAAUUGGCGUUGCAAAUCAAGGCCAUUGAGUUGGGCCUCCUCAAGUUGUGA